CUUCUCAACAAAUACCUUCGUUAGUCUCUCUUUUUCAAGAGGUGGCUUUAAUUCCAUUUUGAUACCAUAUACCACAUCACGCUGCCAUCUAUCAUGUUCUCUCUCACCAAAGCUUCGUCAGUGGCUUGCGUCCUCCUGGCAUGCCUUACCUUUUCAUCAAUUACCCAAGCACUUCCUGUCCCCGCAUCAGACAAGGAGACAGCUUCCAGAUUGUUGGGCUCGCGAUCACCGGAUGCGAGAAUGAUUCCUAACGCCGAAGACCGUGAUCUCGUUACGUCUCUCUUCAACUCGCUGGGGUUCAGCGACCUGGCCGAUCUUAAUCACUGGAAAUCCGACAAUGAGCCCGUCAUUGAUGAUAGCAACAGCCCCGACAGGACGGAGACCACCCAAGACAACACUGUUGACGAUAAUGGCACCAUCCGCACAGAUGACCCUGAUAGCGGUGAUAAGGACAAGGAUGAGGACAAGAACAAGGGCGACAAGGACAAGGGGGACAAGAACUCCACUGAGAAGGACAGCCAGAAUGAUGGCCAGCUUCCGAACCCUGCCACGGAUCCGACGGGGUUCGUGACGGCCUUGAUGCAGAAGAUACAACACACGGUCAACGAGGCGCUGGAUAGCAGCGAUGAACACACGCUCAACUGAGCGAUGCUGGAGAGGGUUCAAGUCCUGUGAUUCUCCUGGAGAGCUGAGUUGGCAAGCAGCUCGCUACUCUGACGUUUUUUUAUCAAUAGUCUGGUAUUCUGUUUGUGAAAAGUAUUCAGCGGCGUGUCACGAUUGACGAAACCAAUGGCAAGGAACCUGUAUGAUUAGUUAGUCCUUAGUUAGCAAAUUGACUGAGUCUUGG